UCUUCUUCAUUAAAAGACUCGAACUUUCUCUGCACCUUCUGCAACAAUGAUUCAUUCCUUCCUUGUUAGUCUGUCUUAGGUUGUUUCCACUCUCUUGCAGUGACAUGGAUGUACGGACCAACCUUAUAAGAAGUUCUUCUCAAUCUCCAAAAGAAACAUCAUCAAAUCAAUUCAUCAUGAAUGAUCAAUCAGAUCAGUUCCAAAACCUUCAACUCUUCCCAUUCAAUCUCAACCUAAUCGUUCCAACUAUUCUUUUCAUCGACUUCCUCGCAUUCCAUUUCCGCAUCAACGGGAAAGGAAUCCGGAAAUGGUUCGCGGGAUUCAUCGAAUCAUCCGACGAGCUAGUUCAUGCACGUCCACGGGUCGAGAGGAAAGAGUUCGAUUUAAGGGAAGAUCGAAUUUUGAGUAGAGGUGAAGUCGAGAUCGCUCUGAGAUGCCUCGGAAUGUCAUGCGACGACGACGACGAUUCCGAGGAAUCGAGAUUUGACGGCGACGAUCUUUAUCGAAUGUUCGAGGAUGAGAAUCCUACGAUCGACGAACUAAGAUCAGCUUUCCACGUGUUUGACGAAAACAGAGAUGGUUUUAUUGAUGCGGAGGAGUUAAACAAGGUUUUGACUAAUCUACAAUUGAUCGAAGGCUCGUCGGAGAUCGACGCCUGCAAAUUAAUGAUUCGGGCUUUCGACGAAGACGGGGAUGGAAGGAUCGAUCUCUGUGAAUUUGUGAAACUCAUGGAGAUCUAG